AAGGCGGUAUGUUGUCAGGGAGGGCUCGAUGGAUCGGCACUGCUGUCCAGGAAAUGGCCUUGGCAACUUUCCUUGCUGUCCCUGCCCACGUGUGCGCACACCUGGCCGGUGGGAGGGAAGGAGGGUCCCCUAUGCCGGCCCUGGUGUGACAGCCGCCCCUGUGCCCUCAGGAGCUGGUUUGAGGACCACGGGCUGGCCGGGAAGCUGCGGGCCAUCCAGACGGUGUCCUGCCUCCUGCAGGGCCCCUGCGACGCCGGCAACCGGGCCCUGGAGCUGAGCGGCGUCAUGGAGAGCGUGAUCGCGCUGUGCGCCUCUGAGCGGGAGGAGGAGCAGCUGGUGGCCGUGGAGGCCCUGAUCCACGCGGCCGGCAAGGCCAAGCGGGCCUCCUUCAUCACGGCCAACGGCGUCUCGCUGCUGAAGGACCUGUACAAGCGCAGCGAGAAGGACAGCAUCCGCAUCCGGGCGCUGGUGGGACUCUGUAAGCUGGGCUCGGCCGGAGGGACUGACUUCAGCAUGAAGCAGUUUGCUGAGGGCUCCACCCUCAAACUGGCCAAGCAGUGUCGGAAGUGGCUGUGCAAUGACCAGAUUGACGCGGGCACUCGGCGCUGGGCAGUGGAGGGCCUGGCCUACCUCACCUUUGAUGCUGACGUGAAGGAGGAGUUUGUGGAGGACGAGGCGGCCCUGAAGGCUCUGUUCCAGCUCAGCCAGUCCGAGGAGCGGUCGGUGCUCUUUGCGGUGGCCUCGGCGCUGGUGAACUGCACCAACAGCUACGACUACGAGGAGCCCGACCCCAAGAUGGUGGAGCUGGCCAAGUACGCCAAGCAGCACGUGCCCGAGCAGCACCCCAAGGACAAGCCGAGUUUCGUGCGGGCCCGGGUGAAGAAGCUGCUGGCGGCGGGCGUGGUGUCCGCCAUGACGUGCAUGGUGAAGACGGAGAGCCCCGUGCUGACCAAUUCCUGCCGGGAGCUGCUGUCCAGGGUCUUCCUGGCUUUGGUGGAAGAGGCGGAGGACCGCGGCACGGUGGUUGCUCAGGGAGGGGGCAAGGCUCUGCUCCCGCUGGCCCUGGAAGGCACGGACGUGGGGCAGACAAAGGCCGCCCAGGCUCUCGCCAAGCUCACCAUCACCUCCAACCCAGAGAUGACCUUUCCCGGAGAGCGGGUCUAUGAGGUGGUCCGGCCCCUCGUGUCCCUGCUGCACCUCAACUGCUCAGGCCUGCAGAACUUCGAGGCGCUCAUGGCUCUCACAAACCUGGCGGGGAUCAGUGAGAGGCUCCGGCAGAAGAUCCUGAAGGAGAAGGCUGUGCCCAUGAUUGAGGGCUACAUGUUUGAGGACCACGAGCUGAUCCGCCGGGCGGCCACGGAGUGCAUGUGCAACUUGGCCAUGAGCAAGGAGGUACAGGACCUCUUCGAAGCCGAGGGCAAUGACCGCCUGAAGCUGCUGGUGCUGUACAGCGGGGAGGACGACGAGCUGCUGCGGCGGGCGGCCGCCGGGGGCCUGGCCAUGCUCACCUCCAUGCGGCCCUCUCUGUGCAGCCGCAUCCCCCAAGUGACCACACACUGGUUGGAGAUCCUGCAGGCCCUGCUCCUGAGCCCCAACCAGGAGCUGCAGCACCGGGGCGCCGUGGUGGUGCUGAACAUGGUGGAGGCCUCGCGGGAGACGGCCGGCACCCUGAUGGAGAGCGAGGUGCUGGAGAUCCUGUCGGUGCUGGCCAAGGGCGCCGAGGGCCCCGUCUCGAGGGCGGCCGCGGCUUGCCUGGGGAAAGCGGUGGAGUAUGGGCUCAUCAAGCCCAACCAGGAUGGAGAGUGAGGGGCUGGCAGCACCACUGCGCAUCGCGGCCCAGGGGACCACGCGUGCAGCUGUGGCCGUAGGGGCUGGGCUGCCAGCACGCGGGCCUCCUCCCCGGCGGCCCUUUGGAGUCCUCUGCCCUGAGUCAGGGGCCACGCGCCACAGCCCUGCUCACAGCACUACCUCCAGCCUCACGCAGAGGGGCUUUUCCUACCACUGCAGACACUGGGAAAGGGGCGCACUCCUCACUCAGCCAGGGUUCCCGCAUCCGCAUCCGGCGGCACUUCCGGCAGCCUCACAGGCAGUGAGCAUCACCGAGCCCACCACCACGGCUGCCCGGCCCCUAAUAAAAGCGUGUGGAACUCAAGCGUGUGGCCUGUCCGUGGCCUGGAGGAAGGCUGGCCAUUGGUCACUCUGGAGCAGGAGCUGGUGGGCCCAGUGCCCACGGGAGCCACCUCUGCGAAGGAACCCCAUGGAUUCCCCACCCCUGGGCCAGUGGGUCGCGGCUUAAUCCUGUUGGAGGCUCAGGGGUUAAGCCUAGAAUCUAAUCAAUAAACAAAGGAGUGGGUUUAGGGUACAGACUCCAGGAUGCUGGCCCUUCAGUACUAG